AGCUGACUGUAGGCGAAGCUAUUCUCAGUUUCUAAGGAACUACCAGAAUGGACAGCACUCAAUACGAAUACCUGCGAGUGAACAAGUACCUGUUAUCAGCUACUGGCACGUGGCCUUAUCAAACAAUUGUACCAAAAAUUAUUUUUGGAAUCGUUUUCCUACUAACCGCCGGUGCUCAAGCGUUCCUCCAGAUUGGUGGGAUGAUAGCAGCGGCGGUCGACGGUGAUUCUGAAGCAGUCCUGGAGAGCUUCGCUCCGGUCACCAUCAGUCUAAUGUGUAGCUCUAAGUAUAUCAAUUUCUUUUUCAAUUACAACCAGAUGAAGAGAAUGUUGGACGUAAUGCGAGACGAUUGGCAUAUUUAUAAGAAAGUGGAGACAGAAUACGAAGUGCUCUGUGCACAGUACGCCAUUGGGAAGACUCUGACUGUAGGCCUCACAGUCAUUUUAUUGGGCCUGGUGACGCCGUUCUCGGCACUGCCUCUGAUGAUGAACAUAGCCGACGGUUUAGGUCUGUUCAACAUGACCGACAGGCCUCUGGCUUUCAGAGUCGAGCACUUCGUCGACGUAGACAAAUACUAUUACGUCCUUCUGGUACAUUCCUACUGUGGAACGAUAGUUUUUACAACAGUGGUCAUCGGCAUUGAUGCAAUGAUUGCAGUUUAUGUAAUGCACGAGUGCGGCCUUUGUGAGAUCUUGAGAGUGAAGCUGGAGAAUUUCGUGGAAGGGGACGGCUUGGAAGUCGAACUGUAUCCUGGUAAAUAUGAAGACAGAUGGUACAGGAACGCGAGGGAGUGCGUUAUUUUACACAAGCACAUAAUCGAGUUCGGUAAAAUGCUUGAAGGCGCCAACACGAAGUCCUACUUGGUUCAGUUAGGCCUCAACAUGAUCUGCGUGAGCUUCACACAGUUUCAGGCUGCCAUCAAUUUAGAACAAGACUUUGCUAUGGUCUUGAGGUACGUCUCAGUCACCAUUUCUCUUCUCUUUGAUCUUCUGUUUCUCAGCUGGCCAGGACAACAAUUGUCAGAUUAUACAGAACGUAUCCUUCAGAAUACAAUGAAUGCUAAAUGGCACCUGUCGUCGAUCAGUUGUAGGAAACUGUUAUUAAUAAUGAUGCUGAGGAGCAUGACGCCUCUCAAGUUAACUGCAUACACGAUGUACACAAUGAACCUGGAGAGUUUCAGCACGGUUGCACGAACGUCGUUCUCUUACACGAUGGUCCUAAUGUCGAUGCAAUGAUUGAUUAAAAACGUUGAUAUUUUUAUGGAAGAUUCUAUAC